CCUCCCCUUCGUGCUUGCAACCCCACCGCCGCACUGUGCUGCCCGCAAACCAACCAUUUUUCAAGGUAGCUUUAUGCAUGUGAGAUCCAAGUAGGCCUCACUGGCGUCAUGUCACAUAUUCACUCACCACUCAUAGUUACCCUCGUUAGCUUAAACAUCCCUAACUGCCACUUACAAGAUGGAUGGUAGCUUUAUCGAGGAUGAAUCUCACAACCCAGAUCCCAUAGCAGAACUCAUCGAAAACUACAAUGAGCUCAACAGCUCCGUCAUCGAAGAGCUCACCGAGGAGCCAAGUCCCCUCGAGUUUAUGAGAUAUGUCGCCAAAAACACCCCCUUUGUCGUACGAGGCGCCGCCAAGGACUGGAAAGCCACCAAAGAGUGGAAUGUCAACUUUUUGAAAGACUUUCUCAAACACGAGACGGUGAAUGUAGCCGUGACGCCUCACGGCAACGCAGACGCCCCAACACCACACCCCACCCCAUCCUCCCCCCUCGUCUUCGCCCAACCCCACGAAGAAGACCAGCCCUUCCCCGUCUUCCUCGACUACCUCACCACCCAGUCCUCCCUCCCAGCCGGCGGUGAGCCCAUCGGCGAAGUGAGAUACGCCCAGACCCAAAACGACAACCUCCGGCAUGAAUACCUCCGCCUAUUCUCCCACUGCCUCCCCUCCAUCCCCUUCGCCCGGAUAGCCCUCGACCGGGACGCCGACGCGAUCAACCUCUGGAUAGGAAACCAGCACUCCACCACCGCCCUCCACAAAGACAACUACGAAAACAUCUACGUCCAGAUCCGCGGCCGGAAACAUUUCGUCCUCCUCCCGCCCAUCUGCCACCCCUGCGUGAAUGAGCGGUUGCUUCCCUCGGCAGUCUACUCACGCAAGACCACUUCCCCAACCGAAGCAGCCAAUAAGGAGGAGCCGGUAUCAUCACCAGAAGCAGAUGGGUCUACAUUUUCACCCUCAUACCUAGAGCUCAAAGUCUCGGAGCAAAAAGUCCCCUUCCCAAUCUGGGAUCCCGACCGCCCUUUUCAAAACGAAACAGAAUACUCCUGCCUCGCCUGCCCUGUGCGAGCCAGUUUAAAUCCAGGAGACAUGUUAUAUCUUCCCGCGUUAUGGUACCACAAGGUAGCCCAGAGCGUCGACAACGAAGGGGUUUGUGUAGCAGUCAACUACUGGUACGACAUGGACUUUACCGGGCCCCUCUACCCCCUAAGCACAUUUGUUCGUUCAGUCUACAAAAAAGAGUUGAGGGGAGAAGAGGAGGAAAAGGAGGAGGAAAAGGAGGAGGAAGAGGCAGUCAAUGAGAAAGACCUGGUUGAUAAUGCUGAGCAGCACCAACGCUUGACAUAAAUCACAAAAAAAAUUGUAAAAAAUCA